AUUCCGCUUGAGACGGCAGAGCUCCCGUGGAGCGCCGAGCGCUGCCAUAAACCCUGAAAGGGAGCCGGAGAGCGGGUAACGGAAGAAAGACGACGACUGUGUUGUCAAUGUUGUAACAAUGGAUUUAUCCAGUAUCGUAAAAAUGUAUAUUUUCCUCUACUGCAUAUCCUACAGCGGGGGGCAGUAUGGAAAUCGCCUGAGCAAGUAUGUUAAACAUUAUGAAGGUCUGACAUAUGACACUAAUUUAUUGCAUCAGAGACAUACACGUGCCAAAAGGUCAACCUCCAUCCAUGACCAGUUUUUGCAUUUGGAUUUUCAUGCACAUGGCAGACAUUUCAAUAUUCGAAUGAGAAGGGACACUUCAGUCUUUACACAAGAUUUUAAAGUGGAAAUGGAAGGAGAGGUAAUGGAUUAUGAUACAUCUCAUAUUUAUACUGGAGAAAUUUUUGGUGAGCAAGGAAGCAUGACUCAUGGCUCCAUAUUGGAUGGAAGGUUUGAAGGAUUUAUCCAAACACCCCAGGGAACCUUUUAUGUGGAGCCAUCUGAGAGAUACUUAAAAGGAAAAAGUGCAGCUUUUCAUUCUGUAAUCUACCAUGAAGAUGAUAUUGAUUACCCCCAUAAAUAUGGACCAAAUGGAGGAUGUGCAGAUAGUUCAGUUUUUGAAAGGAUGAAGAAGUAUCAGAAAUCUGCAGUAGAGCCAAAGAAUGUAAAGAAUGCACCUAAUGCUGAACCAAAUGACAAAACUGACCCAGUUUUAUUGAGGAAACGCAGAGCAGCCUCUGCAGAAAAGAACACCUGUCAACUUUUUAUCCAAACAGAUCAUCUGUUCUACAAGCUUUACGGCACCAGGGAAGCUGUUAUUGCACAGCUCUCCAGCCAUGUUAAAGCAAUUGACUCCAUUUAUCAAAGCACAGACUUCCAAGGGAUCCGAAAUAUCAGCUUUAUGGUGAAAAGGAUUAGAAUCAAUACUACAGUAGAUGAAAAGGACAGCACAAACCCUUUCAGAUUUGCCAACAUUGGGGUGGAAAAAUUUCUUGAGCUAAAUUCUGAACAAAAUCAUGAUGAUUAUUGCUUGGCCUAUGUUUUUACUGAUCGAGAUUUUGAUGAUGGUGUGCUUGGUCUUGCAUGGGUUGGAGCACCAGCAGGAAGCUCUGGAGGUAUCUGUGAAAAGAGCAAACUCUACUCAGAUGGCAAAAAGAAAUCAUUGAAUACUGGAAUCAUCACUGUUCAGAACUAUGCUUCCCAUGUGCCACCUAAAGUGUCUCACAUAACUUUUGCUCAUGAAGUUGGACAUAAUUUUGGUUCUCCACAUGAUUCUGGAUCUGACUGCACCCCAGGGGAGUCCAGUUCCCCACAAAAGGAAAGAGGAAAUUAUAUAAUGUAUGCCAGAGCAACAUCUGGUGAUAAGCUGAACAAUAACAAGUUCUCUUCCUGUAGUAUUCGCAACAUUAGUCAAGUGCUGGAAAAGAAAAGGAACAAUUGCUUUGUAGAAUCCGGGCAACCAAUUUGUGGUAAUGGACUGGUAGAACCAGGCGAACAGUGUGACUGUGGUUAUAGUGACCAGUGCAAGGACGAAUGCUGUUAUGAUGCCAACCAGGCAGAUCAUCUGAAAUGUAAGCUGCGAGAAGGAAAAGUGUGCAGCCCCAGCCAGGGUCCUUGUUGUGAGAAUAACUGUACUUUCAAAGGGAAUACAGAGAGCUGUAGAAAAGUAUCUGAUUGUGCUAAUGAAGGAAAGUGCAAUGGGAGACAGGCAUUAUGCCCAACAUCAGAACCAAAAAAGAAUUUGACAGAAUGCAACCAAGGGACUCAAGUUUGCAUUAAUGGGCAAUGUACUGGCUCAAUCUGUGAGAAAUUUGAUUUGGAAGAGUGCACCUGUGCCAGUUCUGAUGGAAAGGAUGACCGGGAGCUGUGCCAUGUCUGCUGCAAGGAGAAAUCAGUUGAUAAAGCGGUUUGCAGCAGUACUGGAUCAGAUAAAUGGAACCGCCAUUUUGGAGGCAAAACCAUCACUCUGCAGCCUGGCUCACCUUGCAAUGACUUCAAAGGCUAUUGUGAUGUAUUUAUGAAAUGUCGACUGGUUGAUGCAGAUGGUCCCCUGGCCCGACUAAAGAAAGCCAUCUUUAAUCCCGAGUUAUAUGAGAAUAUUGCAGAGUGGAUAGUUGGACAUUGGUGGGCAGUGCUGUUGAUGGGAAUUGCCCUCAUAAUGCUGAUGGCUGGCUUCAUCAAGAUAUGCAGUGUCCACACCCCAAGCAGCAAUCCAAAACUUCCUCCCCCAAAACCACUGCCAGGAACUCUGAAGAGGAGAAGACCUCAACAUGCCAAUCCUGCACCACAGCGCCAGCGGCAAACCAGAGAGAAUUAUCAGAUGGGGCAGAUGAGACGCUAACUGGAGCUUUUUGCCUUGGUUCUUCCUAGUGCCUACAGUGGGAAUACUUCACUCCAAAGAAAACCUGUAACAGUCAUCGUCCAUAAUCCAACAACAUGUGGCUAAUAAAGAAAAAUCAAAGCCGAAAUUACAGGAAAGCAGAGGUCACCAACAGUGUUCUAUUUUUCCUUUAAUAUAUUUUUUUUUCCAUUUUUAUUUUUAAGGCGUUGACUCUGAAGUAGCUGAAGGACACAUGGGAAAGUACAAAUGGCUCCUCUUUCUUUUUUCUUUUUUUUUUUUUUCCCCCAUUUAAUUUAAUUUUUUUUUUGGUUCUGUGGUCUUAAAUCGUGCCCCCCCAAGAUGAAACACACUUCCUUAUUUUUAAUAAACCAAUGGCACAAUAUCUGCAACUGAUAGAUCUUCAGUGAUCCGUGUUUCACUCUGUUUUCCUUUCUUUUAAGCAACAUGACUGCAGGUUCAAUUUUUGCUGCCAAUAAAGGCUUAGGAAGUGAGAUGACCUCAAAUUUGAAAAGACUGACUUGCCAAUGUAAUGAAUCUCUUGUUAUACGCAGGCCUGUAUUUCUAAUGUAUACCCAUCCUUCUGCGUGCAAUUGUACAGAACACAAAUCGCAAUAUAGAAUUUUUUCAUUAUACAACAACAACAAAAAAAAAAAAAAUCUGCUGUUUUGAUGAAAAUUUACUGUUUUAAUUGACACUCUCAGGAUACAACUGGUGGAUUUUGGUUGGAUUGAGUAAUCGUAACGCUUACUUCAGUGCCUGUGAUUCUCUUAGACAUUUUCGCCCUGUUGAUUUCUCAUUUGUAUAUCAGUUGACUUUGUUUCUGUUCCUCACCUCUUACUCUUUGAAGAUAAGCAGCUACUGGGUGUACAUUGUGUAGAAUACUCAAACACUUGGGGGCGGGGGGGCUGGUGUUAUGUGGGUUAUGGGGAUUUGGGCUGGAUGAUGAUGAUGAUGAUGCUGUUCUUCCAUUUGUGUUACGACUUGGUGAGUCACACCUGCAGGUUUUUGUUACCCACCCCAAGUUUUGGUUAUCCUUCGUAGAGCCUUUCUUUCCUUUUGAUUUACUUUUUAAAUUUAUGGUAGUUUUUGCCGUGUGCUGAAUUUAUUCAAUGGACAAACAACCACUAAACAGAUUGUGUUGGGAAUUGGGAAAGAUGGCAGGCAAAGAGAACAAGUGAUGCCGACGUGCCGCGUCCGUGCGAGUCGAGAAGUGAUCCCUUGUGUUGGGACAGCAGUAGCAUUAGGAAGUGUUGCUCCAAGUUCUUUGGGGGGGGAGGUCGGGGGACCUGAAAUGCCCUGCAUGUGACGAUCUUAAGAAAUGCAGCUGCAGGCGCAGGGUUCUGACAGAGUGUUAUUUAUUAACUAAUUUUAUGUUUGCAGCUUUUUAACAUUCAUCAUUUUGUUGUGAAGGAAUAGCAUUUAAGACUGUAAGGGCUGCCGCUCAAGAAACCACACGUGGUGCGGGGCUCUUGUGACUUAGGGGUGGGUUUCUUUGUAAAGAUCAUCUACACAGGUCAGGCUGUUCUUCUCUUUAACGGAUGGUUAAACCACUUUUAUGUCUUUUUAAGUAAGCCUAUGGAAAAACUUCAUUUUUAAUGGAUUAAUUGUGACGUGACCUCUAAAUGGUGACCCGGAGUUUAGACAGAGCUGCGGCCCGGGGCAGUGGCAGUCGUACCUCUUCUCGCUCAGCCUUAUUUCUUCUUGCUUGUGCGUCUUUUUGCUUUUCUUCAUCACUACCACUCAUUUGUGUCACAACCCUGCAUUUUUGUAGUCUUCCUGUUUUGUUUUUGCUCUCUUGAUACAUGAAAUUGAGUUAUUCAUGCCCCACCAACUGAACUGCCAUGCCCUCCUCCUUUAUUACACACAACUGUACUUUUCCGCUCGCUCAUCCUUUAUAGUAGUACUGGAUGAAGAAAGGCCCAGAAUUUCUUCGGAGGUAGAGGGGUUCAUUUUCUCUUCCUGAAUAUUGUUUGGCAAGUCUUGCUGGGUCAGUACUUGCCGAGACCAAAUCUUUUCAGUCCUGGAGAGGAGAGGGGCUUUUUUGUUCAGGAGGGAAACGGGAAUACACGCAAAGGCUGAAACUUGCAAUUUUUCAAUCAUAAUUUUAAUCUCCUCACAUUAAAGUGAUUUGCUUAAACCUUUUUCAUCCUGCCAAUGCUUAAAUGGUCCUGGGCGACGUGUGAAAAAUGAGUAAAGACUGCAGUUGGUCUACAGUUGCUGCUCCAGAUUAACUUCAGCUUUUAAAAUUUCCUAAAGAAACAGUCUGGAAGCCUUGUGUUAAUUCCGAAGUCUCUCGUGUACCUCUGUGCGUCUCAUUGUUGGGUUGUGAGUGAUUUUGCGGUGUCACACUUUGAGUCACUGAGCGUGGAGCAAGCCGUUUUGGUGUUUGCUUCAAUUGUGGUGUUGAACUGUGCUUGGAUCCCAGCGAAUGUGAACUUCCCUGGGCUUUUAUUGUAGCCGUUCACAAACCUCCUGGACAAGGAAAGGAAGACAAAAUCAAAUCUGAACUUGCCGAGAACAAACGCUUGUUAAACGUGCACUGAACUGUCCCGUCUGCUUUAAAGUUUGGUUGGGAAUGUAAGCAAAAAGACCUUGAAAAGGAAAAUUCUACUACUGUCUGAUUUUAAUGUCCGCUGUGUUUUAUACAGUACUUUUUUUUUUUUUUUUGGUUCACUUUGGAAAAUUUUUACUAAAAGUUACAAAAAGUAUUGUGCAAAAAGAUAUGUAAGUUUUUGAAUUACUUGAAAUGCAUUAAUAAAAUAGACUUGAUGAAA